CUCACAUCCUCAACCAAACAAACCCCGACACACAGGCAUCAGUUACACUUUAUCGCUGUAUUCGUAUCCUGCAAGAAAGGAAAGCAGGACUAAUAUGGACUCGGAGUUACAGUUCUUCCAUUUCUUCCUCUCCUUUGAAAGAAACUUCUUUUCAAUCUCCUCACUAUCACCAUAAAGCCUAUUUAUAUGUUUCUUUGUGCGUUCUAUGCACAUUCAUCUCUAUUGUUCUAAUUUCUUGAAUCUAUCAUCGUACUUCGUUUUGAAUCUCAAUGGAUGUGGAUGGAAAAAGGAAUUCUUCGCUGCCUUCGAACUACGUUACCCUGGUUCAACUCCAAGAGCGAUGGCUCAAAGAACAGCAGCGAAAGCAGGCCGAGAGUGAGGAGGAAGAAAAGCGGAAGCAGAGAGAGAAAGAAGAACAGGAACGAAAGCGUGAAGAACUCGAGAAUCAGAUGAAGAGGCAUCACGAGAAUGUUGAGAGAAGCAACAAGACGAACACUGUGCCUCGUCGGCGGUUUAACGUGAAUCGCGGGAAUCAAUCGGAGAAAAGUUCUAGAACGACCGGAGUGAGCGAGAAGAAGGCGGAGGAAUUGCUAAUCGGACCGAUUGUGGUUCAUGAUGAGGAACGGAAAAUCGAUGAAUCGACGAAAAAUAAGUCGAAGAAGAAGAGAAAACCUAGCAAGGAGGAAGACCAAACCAGAGCUGAGAAGAAGAUUCCGGUGGUUGUGAAUGAGGGGAAAGGUGAAAAAGAGGUGAAUACCAGUGAAAUCAAGCGAAAUGCCAACAAUUUGCUGAUGAAUGUUAUGGGUGGGGAGAAGAAAGUCCCGGUUGAUCGAUCAGUGGAAAUCGGACGGAAAUUGGAGGAUCUUUCACUGAGUGGUGGGAAAGGAGGCCAUGGAAGAUCGUCUGGGAAGUGCGAUAAGGUUUCUGGAAAGUUCCAUAGCCAGAAACUGCAGAAGCCGAGAGAUUCAAACUUGGUAUGGGUUAGAAAAGGUGAAUCUUCUGGUGUCAGUGUUGCUUUGAGAUCAGGUGUGGUGGUGAAGGCUGGAGAAAGCCAGAAGAAACCAGUACAGAUGGGGCCAAAGGAAACUGGUUGGAGAGAGUGGCCAAAAGAAAGCCGUUGGAGAGAAGGGCCAAAGGAAAGAGGUCGGAGAGAGUAACCGAAAGCAUUUCUUACAUGUUCUGUUGUUUUGUUUUGAACAGAUCGAGUUGGCGCUGCUGGAAAUGUCAACAAUUUUCAUCAAUGUAGCAUAUAGUUUUAUCAGUUAUGUGCUCUUCUUUUUGUACAGGUUCAUGUUUGUUGAUAGUAACUCGAACUUGGUACCCCUUUCUGAACAAUUAUCAAAACAUUGAUGUUUGCUUAUUGACAAUGGAUGUUGAAGACCACUGGCAGUUAAAUGUGGUUGCUGGUGUACUCUUCCUUGUCUCUGUUGUGAUUCCAAUAGGAAGUCAUUCAGGAGAAUUAUUAAGUGAAUUAAUGCUUGGGCCAUUGUUUCAAUGGUAGAUGCCAGGUCUGCUUGAAAACUUGUCA